UCACGCACAGUGCACGUUGCUGACGUGUAGGUAGGGAAGUAGAAUGCUGGCUAGCCAGCUAGCCUAGCUAAAACGUUAUUUUUAUAAUGUCCAGCCUGUGACAUCUCAUUAUGGGAAUUCCAUUAAAACUACCAAACUAACGGAAAUAAUUGGCUUCAGAAGAGAAAUCGGAAAAUUGUACACAGAGUGGAAUUGCGGUUCAAGUGGAUUGACUCUGUAAAGAGCCAUGGGCAAACGGAGAAUGCCAGACCUGUACAGGGCCCCUUUCCCCCUCUACACAAUUAAAGUGGACCCCAAAACAGGAUGGGUGAUUACUGCAGGAGGUGGAGGUGCUUCCAAAACUGGCAUUAAGAAUGCAGUGCACUUCCUGGGAUUGGAGUUGGUAGGUGGGCAGCACAGUGCCACCCUGUUGCACUCUCAUGACACUGACACGCAUGCCACCAUGAACAUGGCAAUAGGCGGGGACGUAAUUGCAGCAGGUCAGGACGGCAGAUGCAGCCUCAUGCGCUUCAGACAGCACCAAACUAGAGGCAAAGCCAAAGUCGGUAAGGAAAGAAUGGAAUCAGGGGUUGAUAAUGAGCAGGGCACCGCCAGGAGACGAGCCAGGAAAGGGGGUAAAGGUGGUGACGGGGCUGCCGAAGCUGCGGCUGGGAGCGAUGUGUCAGACAUGAAGGAUGACACCACGCAGAUCUCAGUGUACACGAUCGGGGAGGUGCAGUCAGACCUAAACCCCCAGGACCCGCUCCAGAAGUGUGUGCGUUUCAGUCCUGACCUCAGCCUCCUUCUGGCAGGAGGGACAGACGGACACAUCAGAGUGUGGGAGUACCCCUCCUUGAAAGAGAAGUUGGAUUUCAAAGCCCAUGAGGGGGAAAUUGAGGACUUGGACAUCAGUCCUAAUAACAAGCACCUUGUGACUGUGGGCCGGGACUUUGCCUGCAGUGUUUGGAGUGGCAACCAGCUGGCCAUGAGCCUCUGUUGGCAUGAGAAGAUGCCUCGCAUCACAGAAAAAACAUACCGCUACAUGUCUUGCAGGUUUGGAAAAGUUGAAGACCAGAAAGACGCACUAAGACUAUACACCGUCCAAAUCCCCCACAAACGAGACCGAAAACCUCCACAAUGCUACCUCUCCAAAUGGGAUGGCAAGAACUUCCUUCCCAUGCUAACCAACCCCUGUGGCACUGAGGUCAUCUCUGCCCUGACUGUCAGUGACUCUGGAACCUUUCUUGGCCUUGGAACAGUGACUGGAUCAGUAGCAAUCUACAUCGCCUUUUCCCUACAGAAGUUGUACUACGUGCAGGAGUCCCAUGGCAUUGUGGUGACUGAUCUGGCCUUCCUGCCCAACACUUUCAAAGGCCAGCACAUGAAAGGGAAUUACGAGGCGGCCAUGUUGAGUGUAGCCGUGGACAGUCGCUGUCAGAUGCACACCAUACGCAACCGAAGGUCCUUUCCCAUCUGGCUGGUGCUGUGCUUCUGCGUCCUCAUGUUGGUUGGAGCCGUCCUUCUCCUGCAGCACCUCUUCCCCGGAUUCAUGUAGAUAUUGACAGGGGGUGUCAAGGGGAGGCAGAAGGAUUC